AUGGCCGUCGAAUACGCCCGAGAUGCCUUCUGGCAAACGCUGGGCUACAUCGCACAAGAGACGGAAAGCGACCGCGAGCUGCGGACGGCCGGGCGAUUCGCCGACUUUGAGAAGACCAUGCCGCACCUCCCACUCAGCCGGCUCCGCGACAUCUCGGUCGUCGACAACGUGUCGUCGUACCUGGGCAAGCGCAACCCGCUCGCCCGCCCCGUCGAUCCGGACAAGCACGUCGUCUGGCUGCAGGACAACACGGCCUACCGCCCCAACGGGACCAAGGACGUGUGGGAGGCCGAGUUCGUGUGCGCCUAUUUCGUCAAGAACAGCGGCCGGGACUGGGGCCGCGUCGUGGCCGACAUCGCCGACAAGGCCGGCCUGGGCGCCGGCAACAAGCACGCCGAAGCCACCAUCGCGAAGCGCCUGGAGCCGUGGAUGGACUCCAUCCUACCCGCCCACACGGUCAAGAUCCGCAUCGGCGACAACAACGACGACGACGGCGACGAGAGCCAAAUCGCCACCCUCGGCCCCAGCGACCGCAGCGGCGUCUCCAAAACCCUCAUCCGCACCCCGGACCGCCACCGCCACGCCGACGGCGACACCAUCACCUCGCACUCCAUCAACCACCUCGCCACCCGCCACAUGACCACCACCUUCGCCGAGCCCACCGGCUGGGCCGUCAUCUCCGACAUCGACGACACCAUCAAAAUCACCCAGACCCCCUCCCCCGCCGGCAUCCUCCGCAGCACCUUCGUCGACGACCCGCAGCCCGUCGCGGGGAUGCCCGCCCUCUACGCGCACAUCCGCGCCUCCCUCGGCGGCAACCCCCCCUUCUGGUACCUCUCCGCCUCGCCCUACAACCUGUACCCCUUCCUCCGCGACUUCCGCGCCCGCUUCGGCUUCCCCGACGGCCCGCUCCUCCUCCGCAACGCGUCGUGGAUGGACCUCGCCGGCUUCCUCGUCGCCCUCACCGCCGGCACCAAAGCGUACAAGACGGACCGCAUGCGGGACUUGCAGCGCAUGUUUCCGCGCAGGCGCUUCGUGCUCGUCGGCGACAGCACGCAGAGCGACCCCGAGGCGUACGGCGAGAUGGCGAGGCUGUUUCCAGAGUGGGUGGGCAAGGUGCUCAUCAGGCGCGUGACGGGCGUGGCGGAGAUCGAUCGGACGUCGAAGAAUACGGUGGAGAGGUUUGAGAGGGCGUUUGAGGGCGUGGAGAGGGGGGUUUGGACCGUGUUCGAUCGGCCUGAGGAGGUGUAUGGGGAGGUGGAGAGGUUGGUGGGGAGGAAGUGA